GGCAAAACGGAGCGCGAGUCUCAGAUUUAAGUUUUUUCUGGGCUGCGCGCGGAGCAUCCUCAGUCACUGCAGCCUCCUGAAGCUGGAUGAGGGACCACGGAUGACCUCGCGGGCCACGGACACGCGCUGAAGACGGUUUCACGUGCGCUCUCCGUCAUACCGGAAACAGCUUCAUGCUGGAGGAGGGCAGACAGACGCCGGCACGGGCCGCCGCCGUGAUCGACCCCGGCUCCGAGCACCAGCGAGAUCCGUGCGCGCGCGGAGCACUAAUAGACCAAAACCGGCGGCACCGGACGUCGUUCACGCGCGAGCAGCUGUCCCGCCUGGAGCAGGAGUACGGCAGGGAGAGCUACGUCUCCCGGCCUCGGCGCUGCGAGCUGGCUACGGCGCUGAACCUGCCGGAGACCACCAUAAAGGUUUGGUUUCAGAACCGGAGAAUGAAGGACAAGCGGCAGAGACACUCCUUGCCUUGGCCGCACCCCUUCAUCGAUCCAUUGGGGGCUCUUCUAAUGAGCCGUGCUUCCUCGUCUUCCACCCUGACGUACCCGUUCAUCCCACCCCAGCUUCCACACCUCCCCCUUCACCACUACGCCCCCAUGGCUCUCUCCUCCACAGCACCUCACAGUUCCUACGCCGCGCCGCUGAGGCCGCUGGAUCCCCUGCACCUGUCCCAGUACCACAGCAGGCCUGGGGAGCUGGCUCCCUUCUACUCCUCAGCCAGCAUGCUGCAUCACCCCCCUUCAUGCCCCUGCUCCCUCUGCCCCCAUUGGAGACGAGAACAGCUUUCCAAAGGGAAAGCAGAGGCGCUGAGCCUCCCCAAGAGCCCAAAGACGAAAAAGCAGCCGGUUUCUCUGGAGCGAAGAGAAGAGAUUGUUUGAAGUUAGAAAAUAAAUCAAAGCAUAAAACAAAAGAAAAAGAAACCAGCUUUCCUACUUCCUUUCUUCACACUUUUGAGGUUUGUGCUUCAACGGAAAACCUCUUCAGGAUAUCAUGGCAGCAGCCUCAUCCACAAACAGCAUUCCUGAUGAGUUCUGGAAUAAAAAACGAAAAUCUGAGCUGCUCUCGUACGGAGACGCUUCCUGGCCUGGAGUGUUGGGUUGACAGGGACUGCUCUCCAAGGAUGCUUCAUCCAGAUUAAACAUCCCUCGGAACUCUGUCCAUCUUAAAUCAUUUCUUUUCUUCCUUCACGUGAAAGAUCUUCAGGAAUCAGAGAAGAGACUUCUUCUGACUGCAGAUGUUUCUCAAAUGACCAGGCUCUCGUUGUACCGAUUUCCAGGUUCCUUUGAGAGACGAUGAGCUUCUCCAUCAAACUUGACGCGCUGCACUGAAAUGUUGCAUCUGCUCCUGGUUCUUGUCUUGCCUCACCUGCAUCCUUCAGCUCCCCUAAGCCUUAAGGUUCAGGGUGUGGGUGGGGGUUCAAUCUACCUGCAGUCAAAUCUCUUCAGUCAAAAACCUGAUGAGGCUUUUCUGUUUAUCUGUCUACAGCCUGCUGAUGGAUGCAAUUCGUCUUUACUAAAUAUGCAAACUGUCAAAGUGCAAUGAUGUGUAGAAUGAAACUUUUUAGGUUCUAUUUUCUUUGUACACUUUGUGUUUACACCAAUAUUUAUUUACAUAACUAUGAGGCAUUAUGUAGCAUUUAUUCGCUGACACGUUUGCUGAUGCGGGAGAUGAAGAAUAAAGUUUAGUUGUGUACAUUUGA